AUGGAUUAUCAAGCAGUCUCCAAUGCCUUUGUCCAGCACUACUUUAGAACGUUCGAUAACUGGGAGGCAAGGAACAACCUGACCUCGCUCUAUCGUCCGGAGUCGAUGUUAGCAUGGGAGGGCAACCAACAACAAGGCACGCAGAACAUCAUGUCAGCCUUGACUAAACCCGAGCUGAAGACCAUAAAGACUAUGAUAUCGUCUACAGACGCUACCCCGUCUGUUAAUUCAGGUGUUCUAGUGGUUGUUACUGGAAGUCUAGCUAUCGAUAAUGCGUUUGAUAAGCCCUUGAACUUUACGGCAACUUUCUCUCUACAGCCGAUACCUGGACAGCCCGGUGGCUUUUUCAUCUACAGCCAUAUCUUCAGACUUAUCUUUUGA